AUGAUUCGCUCUGUUCUUAUUCUUCUCGCUCUUUUCGCUGUUACUUUUGCUCAAUGGGGUAAGUUCCAUAACUUCUUUUCCAUUCUGUGCAUUACUUUUUAUCGUGUUCCUUCAGGAUAUGGUGGUGGUCCGAUGAUGGGCGGCAUGGGACCCGGAAUGAUGGGCGGCAUGGGACCCGGAAUGAUGGGAGGAGGCUACGGAAUGGGAAUGCCGUCUCCGAUGAUGGGCGGAUACGGUGGAUACGGAGGAAUGGGAAUGUACCGUCCCGGACUUCUCGGAAUGCUCCUGGGCUGA